CCUCCGUGGGCAUCACGACGGCGCGGAUCUCGCUGACCGCCUGCUCGAUGGUGCCGGGCUGCGGGGGGGCGAGAAAGCGAGAGGUCUUCCCCUUCUCUGGUGUGGCUGGGCACAACUGUGGGAGGGAUUUCUGCCCCUCAACACAGAGAGAAAGGAGCAAGCACUGAGUGUGAGGAGCUGACCUGGGGGCUCAGCCCCCCCCCCAACCUCAUGGGGCUGCACAGUGGGACAGGACCCGGCUCUGUGAAACCCCUACAGGUUCACAUCAUGUCAGGAAGCAGCUGCCAGGAGGAGAAGUCACUGUUAUUCCCUGCAGCACCAGAAGCCAGGUUUGCUGUUGGCUCCAACCCAGCGCUGACACGUGCUGUGACAGCUUCCCAUGGACUGCACUGAGCUGAGGAAGCAGCUGGGGGGGGUGGAUGUGCUCCAUUUGUGACCCCCAGCAGUAAGGCUGCAGAGGUGCUGCCAUGGAGGCUCCCAUGCUGGUGCUCAUCCUUGCACUGUGGAUCUCUUCCCUUGCUGCUGGCACUGAGCUGCAGCCCCACAUGACCACAUCCCACGCUGGGUACGGACAGCUGAACCGCCUGCAGCGCCGCAUCGCACACCGCUGCUGCGCCUACAGGGGCCCAGGGCACUCUGCCUGCCUGCUCUAUGUUGAUGAGUGCCAGGUUCACAAUGGGGGCUGUCAGCACAGAUGUGUGAACACCUUUGGAUCCUAUUACUGUGAGUGCAAGCCGGGCUUUCGCCUGCACACAGAUGGCCGAACCUGCAUUGCACUGAACUCGUGUGCAGUGAACAACGGUGGCUGCGAGCACGACUGCGUGCAGCUGACAGCCAACCAGCACCAGUGCCGCUGCCGCCGGCUGCACCGGCUGCGGGAGGAUGGCCGGCGCUGCGCCCUGUGGAGCCCCUGUGCUGAGAGGAAUGGGGGCUGCAUGCAGCUCUGCCGUGAGGUCCGGGGAGCGGCGCGCUGCGAGUGCCACCCUGGAUACCGGCUGGGUCCAGAUGGCAGAGCCUGCCAAGAUGUGGAUGAGUGCUUGGCCGGCCUGGCCAUGUGUGCACACCGCUGCCUGAACACCCGCGGCUCCUUCAUGUGUGCCUGCAACCCGGGCUAUGAGCUGGGAGCAGACAGCAGGCAGUGCUACCGGAUAGAAAUGGAGAUUGUGAACAGCUGUGAGAGUGGCAAUGGUGGCUGCUCCCAUUUGUGCCACCACAGCAGCACUGGCCCCAUCUGCACCUGCAACUCAGGCUAUCGGCUGCAGGAUGACCACAGGACCUGCACUGACAUCAACGAAUGUGAGGACGGCUCUCACUGCUGCCAGCAGGACUGCUACAACUACCCUGGGGGCUACGAGUGUGCCUGCCAUGCUGGGUACCGGCUGCGUGCUGAUGGCUGUGCCUGUGAUGAUGUGGAUGAGUGCUCCUCCAACAACGGUGGCUGUGAGCACACGUGCCAGAACCAGGCGGGGUCCUUCCAGUGCAGCUGCCCCGUUGGGUACAAGCUGGAUGGAGACAGGAAGGGCUGCAUCUCUGUAGAGAACUCGGUGGAAGCCCUGGAUGCCCAGCGCCCCAUCAUGCGCCCCGUCCCCCACGUGGCCAUCCUGCGGGAUGAGCUCACCCAGCUCUUCAGCGACGACUACGAAGAGGAGGAGGAGGAAGAGGUGGAAGCAAGAGGAGAGCACACGCUUUCAGAAACAUUCGUCUGUCUGGAGAACACCUUUGGCCACGACUGCAGCCUGACAUGUGAGGACUGCCAGAAUGGGGGCACCUGCAACGUGGAGGGGACAGGCUGUGAGUGCCCGGCCGGCUGGAGCGGGCUGCUGUGCAACCAGACCUGCCCACCCGGAACCUUCGGCAAGAACUGCAGCCAGCUCUGCCUGUGCCAGAAUGGGGGCACCUGUGAGCCCACCACCGGCACCUGCCGCUGCCCGCCUGGCGUGGCUGGGAUCCACUGUGAGGAUGGGUGCCCAAAAGGAUUUUUUGGAAAGCAGUGCAGAAAAAAAUGCAACUGUGCCAAUCGAGGUCGCUGCCAUCGCAUCUACGGAGCGUGUCUGUGUGAUCCUGGCCGGUACGGGCGGCACUGCCACUUGGCUUGCCCCAAGUGGACGUUUGGCCCUGGCUGCUCCGAGGAAUGCCUCUGUGUGCAGCCCAACACGCAGCACUGCGACAAGCGGGACGGCUCCUGCCGCUGCAAGCCUGGCUACCGCGGUGUGCACUGCGAGAGCAAGUGUGAGCCUGGCCGCUAUGGGGAGGGCUGCAGGAAGAAAUGCAGCUGCUCUCCGGACACGCAGUGUGACCACGUCACCGGGCAGUGCUGGAAGGAGUGUCCUCAGGGCUACCAUGGGGAGAACUGCGACCAAGAGUGCCCUGCAGGGCGGUUCGGGGCCGGCUGCCUGCUGCUCUGCUCCUGCAGCGGGGCUCCCUGCGAUGCGGUCAGCGGGCGGUGUGUGUGCGCAGCGGGACGGACAGGGCACGACUGCGCCCAAGCCUGCCCAGAGGGUCGCUGGGGCCUCGGCUGCCAAGAACUGUGUCCUGAGUGUGCCAACAAUGGUAGCUGUGACCCUGCCACGGGAGCAUGCGUGUGCCCACCGGGCUUCACUGGCAGCCGCUGCCAGGAUGUGUGCCCACCCGGCUGGUUUGGCCAGGACUGCCAGCAAACCUGCAGCUGUGGGAAUGAAGGACAUUGCCAUCCCGUGACGGGGACGUGCAGCUGCGCACCCGGCUGGACGGGCCACGACUGCCGGAGAGGCUGUGCCGCGGGGCGCUGGGGCCCAGGCUGUGCCAAUGUCUGCGAGUGCAGCAGCAGCACCGGGAGCUGCGAUGCGGUGACGGGGCAGUGCGCCUGCGAUCCCGGCCACACGGGCAGCCACUGCGAGGAGCGGUGCCCAGCAGGAUGGUUUGGGUUGGGCUGCCGGCACCGCUGUCAGUGUGAGCAUGAGGCCAUUUGUGACCACAUCAGUGGGGCGUGCACGUGUGCUGCGGGCUGGCGGGGGACCUUCUGUGAGCACUCUUGCCCGGAUGGAUUUUAUGGCAUUGAGUGUCGGCACGCCUGCAACUGCCAGAAUGGAGCCCGCUGUGACCACAUCACUGGGCAGUGCCACUGCCAGCCGGGCUGGACCGGGCCCCACUGUGCCCGUGCGUGCCCACAGGGCAGGUUUGGGGAGGGCUGCAGCCAGGUGUGCAGCUGCUCCAACAACGCUGCAUGUGACCACAUCACCGGCCGCUGUCUGUGUGCUGCUGGCUGGAUGGGACCCACGUGCCACCAAGCAUGCCCAGAGGGUUUCUAUGGGAUGGGCUGCUACCAACGCUGCCUGUGCCAGAAUGGGGGGACGUGUGACCCCGCCACAGGGCACUGCACCUGCCCAGUGGGAUGGACCGGGCUGGCCUGUGAGCUGGCGUGCGCUGACGGGCAUGGGGAGGGCUGUGGGCAGCGCUGUGCCUGCCUGAACGGGGGGGUCUGUGACCUGCAGGGACAGUGCCAGUGCCCACCUGGGUGGAGUGGGAGCAUCUGUGAGAGCCCCUGUCCGGAGGGAUACUUUGGUGCAGGCUGCCAGGAGCGCUGUGACUGCAGGGACAAAGGGCUGUGCCACCCCAUCACCGGCGCCUGCCACUGCUCCCCCGGAUGGAGGGGCCAGCGCUGCGACAAAGCCUGCCUGCCCGGAGUGUUUGGGAAGAGCUGUGCUGAACGCUGUGCCUGCCCCCCUGGAGCACCCUGUGACCACAUCACCGGGCAGUGCAGCUGUCCGCCAGGCUUCACCGGAGCUGCAUGCGAGACACCCUGCCCGCCUGGCACUUUUGGGGAGCGCUGCGCCCAACGCUGCCGUUGUGCAGGACCCAACCACGACUGCCACCCCAUCACCGGUGCCUGCAUCUGUGUACCAGGCCACCACGGGCCUGACUGCGAGCUGGAGUGCCCUAUGGGCUGGUACGGCCCUGGCUGUGAGCGGCCAUGUGAGUGCAAGAAUGGGGCCUGGUGUGAGCGCACCACGGGGACGUGCCACUGCCCAGCAGGAUACAUUGGUGCUGACUGCAGCGUUGUGUGUCCCAGCGGCCGCUAUGGUGCAGACUGUGCACAGCUGUGUGCCUGCGGGGAGGGGGCCACAUGCCACCACGUCACCGGGGACUGCCUGUGCCCACCGGGAAGAGUUGGUCCCACUUGUGAGCAAGGCUGCCAACCACAGCAGUACGGGCUGGGCUGCCAGCAGACUUGCUCCUGCCAGAAUGGAGGGCUGUGCAAUGCCACCGAUGGGUCCUGUACCUGCGGGCUGGGAUGGACUGGGAAAUCCUGCGAGUUAGAGUGCCCACCUGGGAGCUUUGGUGCUGACUGCCAGCUGCGCUGUGCCUGCGGGCACAAUGCCACCUGCGACCGCAUCACUGGCGCCUGCCGCUGCCCCCCGGGACGUUAUGGGGCCCUGUGUGAGCACGGUGAGCUGAGGGGGUGGGCAGGAGCAGGGGGCCUGUGUGUGCUGCUCCCUGUAACUGAGCAGAUGCCACAUGGGCUUGUUUCAGAGAGGACAGCUCUGUGCUUCUCUCUGGAUGCUCCCUUCCAGGUUGUCCCCCUGGUUUCCAUGGGACCGACUGCCAGCAGCACUGUGACUGUGCCCAUGGAGCUGCCUGUGACCCGGCCACCGGCCACUGCCACUGCCCUGUGGGGCUGCGGGGUCCCCGCUGCCAGGAAGGUACUGCGCCCCCAGCCCCUAUGUUGUGCCUCAGAACCAUUUGGCACAGCUGUGCCCCUCUCCUGUCCCAAACCAGGCUGCGAGGAGGGGAUGUAUGGUGAGGGAUGCCAGCAGCGCUGUGACUGCGUGGGAAACGUGCCCUGUGACCCCAUCACGGGGCUCUGCCUCUGUCCUCCGGGAAUAACCGGCCCCAAGUGUGAUUCAGAGUGUCCUGUGAGCCGCUAUGGCCCCGACUGUGCCCUCACCUGCACCUGUGCCAGCAGCUCCCAGUGCAGUGCCAGGACUGGCCGCUGUCGCUGCCACCGUGGCUCCAUGGGCUCCUCGUGCCAGGAAGCUGUGCCCGCCCAGAUGCCCACCAGGUCCCCAGAGCUGCAGGGGAUGGAGCGCUACGUCCUGCCUCAGCCACAGGGCCCUGCAGAAGCACACGACCCAGCUGGAGGACUUGUUCCCAAGGCACUCGAGUGACAACCAACUCAUGGCAGAUGGGAGCUGGCUGCUGCCUGGGCUGGAUAUGGGCUGUAGGACUGCUCUGCAGCUGCUGGCCCUCACUUCUGGCCGUU